CUCCAGGACGCAGUGAUGACGCUGGUUUUCUCUGCCCCAGUCAGAUUCACCGGCCUCCUCGCUUCUCGACUUCUCCGCCUCCUUCCUACGCCUUCAAGACCGUCGCGGAAAACACAUUAUUAACAAUUAGACAAGUUUCUUUCCUCACGUUUGAUGUUCCAACUUCCAAACAUUCUUCAAUUCUGAUAGAGAAUCCUUGUAUUCGCAGUAUUUAAUUGAUAUCUGAGGGGCUAUAUUGCAUCACUGCAUUCUGCUUCAAUGGGAAAGCAAGCAACUUUGCUGAUGCGAACUGUCUCUGGAUAUUCAACUGAGUCGCUUGAGAUACAUUCUGAAGAAUCCUUAUUGCACAUUAUUGUUAUCCCUGGAAAUCCAGGGAUUGCAUCGUAUUAUAAAGACUUUGUUGAAGCAGUCUAUCAACUACUGGAAGGGCAGGCGUCAAUAACAGCAAUUGGGCAUGUUUCUCAUUCUGCAAAGGACUGGGAGCAUGGAAGGAAGUUUUCAUUGGAAGAACAAAUUGCUCAUAAGGUGGACUUUAUUAAACAAGAGUUCCAGAAUAAUGAAGUUCCAAUAAUAUUGGUUGGACAUUCUAUUGGAUCGUAUAUAUGCUUGGAAGUCUUCAAAAGGCUUCCACAACAGGUAAAAUAUGUGAUAGGUCUUUAUCCAUUUCUGACAUUGAACAAGAAUUCUUUCAAGCAAUCAAUUAUUGGCUUAAUUGCAAGGUCCUCUGUUAUAAGCGCCGCCAUCAGUUAUUUUGCAUCACUAUUGAGGUCAUUACCAAUCUCAGUACAAGAUAAUAUGGUGAGACAGUUCCUAGGGAAGACAUGGUCUGCUACAGCUGUUGCAGUUACAUGCAGUCACCUUUUGCAGUACCAUACAAUGCGAAAUAUGCUAUUCCUGGCAAUGACAGAGUUUGAGAAGUUGUCAGAAGAACCAGACUGGAUGUUUAUGAAAAGGAAGCAUAAUCAAUUAUCAUUUCUUUUUGGCAUCGAUGACCAUUGGGCUCCACUAUCACAUUUUGAAGAGGUCUCAAGGCAGGUCCCAGGUCUUGCAUUAGCAGUCGAAAGAGAGGGCCACAUGCAUGCUUUCUGCUGCACCCAAGCCGGCUCCUCCUGGGUUGGUCACCAUGUAGCAUCCCUGAUCAGGAAUCAAAUCGCAAAAUAAACAAACAUAAAAGGAAGAAGAAGAAAAAAAGAACAGGAAAAAAGCAGGUAACUUGGUUAUACAUUUAGUAAGCUCCCCUCACUUAACGCUCUCGAUAGUUGUUGCCAAAUCGAUAUUGCAGAUGUUGUUCUGAAUCAAAACUGCUUCUUGUUUUUCCGAACUGUUUAUCUUAUCAAACAAACAAUAGUUUAUUGGUUA